GCUCUAAAUCUACACGGAUCAAAGUAUUAGUGAUUUACGCAACAUGAUCUUAUGAAAAAGUCAUUUCGUCUUUGCAUUAUAUUUUAAAGUCUGUGUUGAAAUAUGAUGACAUCCCUGAUUUCCGUUAGAAAAUUAUGCUUUUCAAGCAACCGGAAUAUAUUGUCAUGCACCAAACAUUUGAAGAAUUUAACAUCACCUAGAUGUAAUUUUUCAACAUGGAACAAACAGAUAUCCAAAGUCUUAAAGAAAAAUAAGGGUCUCAGUAUAAAGUUCAUUCAGCCAACCAGAGGAACCACAACAGAUGCUGCUACAGCUCCAUUUAGCCGGCAGCAGAAAAUCAUUGGGGCGUGGUUGUUUGGCUGUGCUGGCAUGUGCUUUGGUGCUGUGAUACUUGGAGGAGUCACAAGACUUACAGAAUCUGGACUUUCCAUGGUGGACUGGCAGUUGUUAAAAGACAUGAAGCCUCCCAGGAGCCAACAAGAAUGGGAGGAAGAGUUUGAGAGAUACAAGCAGUAUCCAGAAUACCAACACAUCAUAAAGGAGCGUGAUUUCACCCUGUCAGAUUUUAAGUUUAUUUAUUACAUGGAGUAUGGCCACAGGAUGUGGGGCCGUAUGAUAGGUGUGGCUUUCUUAGUCCCAGCUGCUUUCUUCCUCAGCAAGGGAUGGGUCAACAGAAGCCUUAAAUUCCGCCUAGCGGGAAAUGCGGCUCUCCUAGGCUUUCAAGGAUUUCUGGGAUGGUACAUGGUGAAGAGUGGACUACAGCAACAGCCCCUCCCCACAGACGUCCCCAGGGUAAGUCAGUACCGACUGGCCGCCCACCUGGGCUCAGCCUUCAUCCUCUACUCCAUGUUCCUCUGGCAAGGACUGACCCAGUUCAUACCCAUCAACAAUCUACCAAAUACGUCCCAGAUGAGGAGACUCAGAAUAAUGGCUCACAGUAUAAAGGGACUCACCUUUGUCACUGCAAUAUCAGGUGCCUUCGUAGCGGGACUGGAUGCAGGACUAACCUACAAUUCCUGGCCCAAAAUGGCCGACAGAUGGAUCCCUAGUGACCUCCUUGCAUUCUCACCUACAUGGAAAAAUUUCUUUGAAAAUCCAACCACAGUGCAAUUUGAUCACAGACAUUUGGCUGAGAGUACUGUCCUUUUGAUUGCUGCAUUCUGGUUCAUGAGCAGGAAGGCUCCACUACCCCCUAGGAUGAGAAUGGCAGUUAAUGCCUUAUUAGGCAUGGGCCUUUUGCAGGCUUCCUUGGGUAUAUCUACCCUGCUGAUGUACGUCCCCACCCCCCUAGCGGCCACCCACCAGUCCGGUUCUUUGGUCCUACUCAGUUUUGCUGUCUGGCUGACUCAUGAAUUCCGCAGACUCCCGAAAUGAGUGAAUCGAACUUUUUGACAAUGAAACAAGAUGUACUUGUACUGACCAGAACGAGUAAACCAAUUCUGACUCAAUGUGCUUAAAAUUGUAAAUUUUCAGACACUUUUGUGGAGAUUUUUGGCUUCAUGGCUUGUACUCAGAUAUAUUGCUUAAGAUUUAAUCAAUAUGUCAUUGUUAUGAAAAAAAAAAAAACCCAAAAACAAAAGCAUGAUGAUUGUUGUAUGGUAUACUGGGUAACUGUGAUGGAUGAUGAGAAUAUGUGCUGAUACUGUGAUAUACCUAGUGAAGCAAGGAGUAACAAGUACUGUCAAUAUGCUUAUACAUGUAGCUUGAUUACAAGUUGUGAAUUUAAUAAAUAGUACUCUUC